AUGGUGUACAAAAUAAAUGGUGGUCAUUAUAUUAGCGCAAUGGACAUAGAUUUUGCCAAUAAUAGGCUUUAUUGGUCCGAUGGUAUAGCUAAAGAGAUUCAAAGUGGUCUUAUAUUACAUGGGAAGGAAAAUAUUGAAGCUGAUAAUAUUUUAAGGCCCUUGAAUGACUAUACCGCUAAUGUUAGUGGUAUAGCUGUGGAUACAGCAGCUCAACUGAUAUAUUAUGCUGAAAGAUAUGUUAACACGAUUAAUGUUAUGAAAACCGACGGGAAGUUUCAUAAAGUUUUGUUGCAAUUCCAUGACAAUAUUGAGUUCUUAGCACUUUCAACUAAAUUUGGAAUUAUAGCUUGGUCCCAAGAAAAAGUAUUUUCAUGGAUAAAAUUGAAUACUGGAAUACAUAUAGCUAAUUGUGAUGGAACAGAUGAUAAGUUAGUAGCCAAAGUAUCAAAUACUGUAAUUGCCCUAGCUAUUGAUGAAACGGGUGACAUAGCAACCAUUUAUUGGAUCCACAAUUUAGCUAUCGAAUUCAUCACUAUAGGAUCCGAAAUGAAAACUAUCAGGGAAGGGUUGGACAUCUAUUAUCCCCUUGGUUUAGUCAUUGACCCGCACAGAUUAUACUGGAGUUCUACCAAUUUCGAAAAUACUAAGGAAGCAAACAUUUAUGUUGCACCAUUGAAUACGCCUAACAUAGCACACAAACUAAUUGUCAAAGAACAGGCAGCCAAUUAUAAUAAUUUGAAAAUCUCUUACAAAGCAACAUCUCAGCUAGAGAAAUCAUCAGAAAAAUGUUCUAAGUGUCAACAACUAUGCCUUUCCUCUUCCAAGGUUGUGGGGAAAAGGGUCUGCGGAUGCGGGGAUGGCUUUAUACUGAAUGCUACCGAUAAUGUAACAUGUGUCACAAGAAAACCAAUCAAUGAUUUUUUGGUGGUAGUGGAUGGUCAACUUAAGAAGAUUUUUAUAGUAAAUCUAAAUGAUCCUAAGUUCUUUGAAGCCCUGCCCAUUAAUACCAGCGAACGACCAGUCGCUAUUCGAUAUGAUCCUUUAGCCAAAAACUUUAUAUGGUCAGAUAUAGGAAAUCACAAUUUUCAAUAUGCAAGCGCCAUAAAGUUUGUCGACUUUAAUGAUAAUAAUGGAGAAAAGAAAGAACAAUAUAUCAGAUACAAUGAUCAAAAGGAUUUGUUAAUACCAAAGAUUUUAAGAGAUCAGCGAAAUAAAGAAAGCCUAACCGAUGGAAUAGCUCUAGAACCAAUUAGAAGACUACUUUAUUAUACAGAUUCUCAAAAUGGAGCUAUAGGAGUUUAUGACUUAGAAGGAGUAUAUCAUAAAUAUUUGAUAUCAAAUGGACUGAGCAGGCCUAGAUCUAUUGUAAUCAAUAGAAUCAAAGGCUACAUAUUUUGGAGUGAGUGGGGUAAAAUUCCUAAAAUUGAAAGGGCCACUAUGGCUGGCACCGAACGCAAAGUGAUUGUAACUGAAUACAUUUAUUGGCCUAAUGGAUUAGUUAGUGAUGAAAAAGAGAACAAGCUUUUUUGGAUAGAUGCAAAGUUAGAUGCUUUAUUCACUUGCGAUUAUAAUGGUGAUAAAGUAGAAAUGAUUCUAUACGUUCAAAAUCAUCCAUUUGGAUUGGCUGUAACAUCCACAAAUUUCUAUUGGUCGGAUUGGAUGACCAACACCAUUAGGAGUGUGUCUCGUGAUUAUCUUGGUUUGCAAGAUUUAACCGACCCAAGUUUUGCACGCUUGUUAGACAUUGAUGCCUACGAAAAUAGUGAUUGGGUAAACAAAUUACAAGAACUAGAGAACCUUAAAUCAUUUGACCUUCAUGAUGCAUUAUCAGAUGGCUGUUUUGAGGGUUUUAAUAAUUCCACGCAAACUAAGGCUAAAUCAUUAUGGAUGAAUAACGGAGGUUGCUCUCAGUUUUGCUUUCCGUUGCCAGGAAAAAAACGAGUAUGUGGUUGUCGAGAUGGAGAGAUUCUGGGAGACAAUGGAAUGACAUGUAUGAUCGAAGGGAAACCUUCACCUCGUAAUUAUAUGAGGAGAGAUAUCAGCAUUUAUUUAGGGAAAUCUGUAAAAGAAAGUCAUGAAUACGUUCCAGAAUCACAUUUAUAUGAAAGUGCGUUAUGUUCUAUCCAUGAUUUAAAUACCCCGCCAAAUUCGGUACAACUAUUUCAGAACGCGUUACCCCAAAAUGUGAAUAAAGAUAAAAAGAAACUAGAAGUUUACUAUAAAUGUGAUGCCGGGUUUAUUAAAACAGGGGGUGACGAGAUGAGAAUUUGCUAUUUAAACUCAAAUUUAUCCUCAAUUUACUGGACCGGCUCUGACUUGAAAUGCGAGGCUCUUAAAUGCGAUAACCUAAGUACUCCAAUGAACGCUGAGAAGAUCGUAUGCAAUAACAACACAUAUGAUUCUCAUUGUUACAUGAAAUGUAAGAAGGGAUCAGAUUACGUCAGCGGAGAUGAAGUUAGAACUUGUCAGUUGAACGGAAAAUGGUCUGGAUCUCCUAUUUUAUGUCAAGGUUGUGAAUACCCUAUAAUGGAGGAUAAUUUAAAUAUUACCAUGGUUUCAUGCCCUAAAGAACCGGCCCCUGGAAAUUUGUGCAAAUAUAAAUGCCUUCCCGGUUAUGAAAGAGUUUCUGGUUCUAAUGAUAUUUUAUGCGAUCCCAUGACGCUUCAAUGGAACGACACAAUUUUGAAAUGUGAAGGAAAUGAGGAUAAAAUAUGUUUGAUUCCAGAUGUGACCUCGCAUCAUAUUACUUCUGGUAAUUGUAGUCAAAAUAUUAAAGUUUCACCCGGUCAGGUGUGCACAUUUGAUUGCCAUAUGAGCGGUGUAGAUUAUAUUCUCUAUGAGCCCUUAAAUGGAACAGGCAAGAUUACCUGCCAGGAUAAUGGAAAAUGGUCUGAACCACCACUAAUGUGCAAAGAAACCUUGAUAUGUUCUGACUUGAAUAAAGACAAGAGUGAAUUCAUUGACGUGGCUUGCCCUGAUAAUAAAUUAGAUUCCGAAUGCAAAUUAAAAUGUAAAAAUGGUAAAAACUACCUCAGCGGGCCUUUCACAAGGAAAUGCGUUGUUAAUAAUAGUAACGAAGCCGAUCGAAAACCCUUUUGGAAUGGAGAUCCAUUAGUCUGUUCUAAAUGCCCUCCUUUAUCUUGGUUUAAUGAUCAUCCUAGUCUAAAAAUUAAAUGUGGCGAUGAUUCAAAUUGUAAUAUAAGUUGUGAAUCCAAACAUUGGAUGAAUGUUAUUCCUGCUAGGCCAGAAAUAAUGUCUAUGACCUGCUCAAAGAAGUCCACGAAAAAUGAAAAUUUUAUUUGGAAGGAACUGAAUGGAAAGAAAGAGAUAAUAACAGACGAAAAACUCUUGCUUAAUAACAAUAUUCCCUUUUGCGGACCCAACUUAUUAAAAUUUCUAAAAUCUAAAUUAUCUCUUAAAUUUUAUUUAAGGAAUAUUAGUUCCCUCAAUAAUAUCAACCACAAUAAACUUCAAAUUAGUAAGAACUACUUCCGAGGAAGUCGAUUUUCCAAGUCUGGAUGUUCUAUGUUUUAA